AUGAAGUAUGCCGGAGGCGACGAGGAACCGGAGGCGCACAAGGCCAUCUACGCUGCCCUGGCAUUGCCAGUUCACUUGGCGGGCCCGCAGGACGAGGAGACCUUGGCACGGGCAGUGGCUGGGGACCUGCCUGAACGGUUGCGCGUGAAGGCGGCCGUGGCCUGGGCGCGCAUACUUCGAAGACCGGGACGAGACGCCACCCGCGCGGAGACCUUGGAGUAUGAGGUGGCGACUUCGAAGCUUCGAAGGAGCGCCUGGAUUAGCGAACCUUUUGCGGCUUUGGAGCUCUCGACCGCCGGGAGCUCGGACCAGGGUGAUUUCGAUGCCAUCGGGUCUUGGGGCAUCCUGUAG